AUGCUAGGCAGCUCAGAUCACCAACUUUAAUGAGCAAACAGGAAGCUACGAUAGCGUCAAUAAAUGCUGUUUCUGUAAAUUUAACUAUCUUCAAAGCGUCGCGACUUCAGAUGCCCUAAGUAAUAAACUCUAAUUAUUCACAUACCUAGGUACGCAUAUAAAUAGUAAUUUGGUCGGCUUGCAUUUCCUCUGCCUUCUUUCUCUUCCCAAACAUCAUCAGAUAAAUCACACACACAUCCAUCACCAUCCACUUUCGACUUAUCUUGGUUGCACAACAACAUUCCUAUUUGUUAUCUUACGCUGACUUGCGUUUUAAAUAUCGAUAGGAUAAUUGUUCAAUCAGGAAAUAUCCAAUUUUCAAUCGGUGCGCAUCGUUACAAUGCCAUCCCCCGAGAUCCUCGCCAGCGACGGCGUUAAGGCUGUGACAGCCGGCGAUUACCAGGAUGGUAUUUCAAAGCUUACCCAAGCUCUCAAGGAACGCCCCGCGCCUCUUUGGCUACUCGAACGAUCUAAAGCCUAUGUCCGAACCAAUAAACUAGACCUCGCCCUCCACGAUGCCGAGCAGGCUUUACAAGUGGCCUUCCAACGCGCCAACCGAGAUCAGAUGGCGGAGGCUCAGGUCCGACGAGCUAUCACUCUAUUCCGUAUUGGCCGCUACGCCGAUGCAGAUAUUGUCGCCUUUUGGGCCCUUCGACUCCUAGACAAGGCUAAGGCUACCGAGGACGACGGUCAGCAGAAUAAGGUUAACGAAAAUAGAGAAUACACAGUUCGCCUCGCCGAUGUCAAAGAGUCUAACAAACCUUCUAAGAGUGAUGGUAUCGCAGCUGCUAUGGGUGGUCUUAGUGGAAGAUCUAAGGAUAAUUCUCUACGAAACCAAGCGUUCUCAUGGCGUAUCCAGGCUUUGACCCGAUUAGAGGAUCUACCCGUUGGAGAUCUCGCUCGCAAGGUCACCAUUGGCCUGGAGAAGUACCCCAAACCCUCCGAGCUCAGCUCCGCCGGCAAAGCCGAAGUUGAUAGUGACAACGACGGUCUAAGCGUCUCGGCAAGUAAGGUCUCUGAGGAGUAUUCCGUGACUGAUUCUUGGAAGCCGAUCUGGGAAUUAUUCGUCGAUCGCUAUGCCGCGAAUAGCAUCAGAUCGAGUCUUUACCAGACAGAUACUACCCUCCACGUUGAUUUCUUUAUUAAGGACAAACCAAAGCAUUUUACAGUAGAGGCCACAGAUCAUGAGGUUACUAUGGGUCCAAUCCCGGCUCCACGUCCCGAAUCCAUUCGGCUCCACCUCUGGGGUAAGAUUAAACCUGAGGAGACCAAACACACAGUCAAAUCGAUGAAGAUCGAACUAGUCCUCAAGAAGGCAACCCCAGGAAAAUGGCCGAAGUUGGAACAAGAUUUCAUUUUCGGAUUCAACAACAUCGCGGGGGUCACGGUGGUGAAUCCCUCUUUUGAACAAUUCACCAAAUUUGUUUCCCGUCUAGGGUACACUGAUCCCGAGCAACUUGAACUUCCGGAUUUCGGGGAAGAUAGAGAUGCUUGGUACAGCGCGAUUUUAGGUGCAUUCCAGGCUCGUCUCGACAAGUCCAAGGUAUCAGCCGCGACAGAUGCUCCUAAGAUCCCGAUCACAGCAACCGGGGAUACAUCGGUUUCGCAAGGCGCCAAUGGUCAUACCCAGUCGAAGGGUAGUCUUACGCAAGCCAACAAUCCUACGGUUCAGCCUACCCCAAUUGCCAGCAAAACCGGUUCGGCCGCCGCUGGUAGUAGUGCCCCAGCUUACCCCACUUCUUCGAAGAAGGGAGCGGUGAAUUGGGAUAGCCUGGAUGUUGACGCCGACGAUGAUAAAGAAGAGGGCGAUGUCAACUCAUUCUUUCAGAAGCUUUACAAGGAUGCGGAUCCCGAUACGAGACGAGCCAUGAUGAAAAGUUAUGUCGAGAGCAAUGGCACGUCGUUGAGUACAAGUUGGGCUGAGGCCAGCGAAAAGACCUAUACGACGCAGCCCCCCGAUGGUGCUGAGGCCAAGAAGUGGGAUUAAUGUUACGGUGCAUGGCUACCCACAACACAUAGAGCUAUGUUUAUCGGCUUGCAUACCUCACAAUUUUCCUUUUCUUUUCUCUUUUCUUUAUUUUUCUAUUAUUUUCCGUCUACGCGCGAACGAUAAAAAAGCAUGCACGGUUGGUCGGAAUGAUACCAAUGGUUAGUCCUUAUUGAUGCAGUCUAUACGACUAUCAUGGCUUUAGCUUAGGGCUUCCCCUCUCUUUCGAAUUUACGAGGGCGUCUAAGCUUAUCUGGCGUCGCGAAGGAAUAGGAUUAAGGACGGGAACGCGUGUUGGUUUCUUUCGAGUUUUAGUUCCUCUUCGGGAUAUACCUACCCAACGCGGUUAAAGGUCUAGGGUAGUGAGAUAGUUAAUGAAAAUGCCCACGAUGUCACAAGA